AUGGCUCAACUCGAAACGCUACCCACUGAGACUCUGUUGGAUAUCAUUUCUUGCCUCCGUGGUCCCCGUGAUGUGAGAACGUUACUGAAUCUCUGUUUAACGUCGAAACGACUUUGGAUGAUUACACAACCUUACCUUUAUAACGUACCUGCAUACCUGUCUAGGUUGAAGUCUCUUCACAUAAAAGAUAAGUUAAAAAUGCGACAUCCGACUAUGCCGGAAGUGGUCGACCUAAUGUGCUUGCCUAGCUUGAAGGAAUUCUCCUUGGCGUUUUGCGAGGGCAACGGCUCUGGGUGUCCAACCUUUGAGCUUCCACCCGGUUCUUUCAAGUUUUCCGAGUUACACCUCAUAAGAGCUUCACUGGAUGCACCACGACUGACAAAUAUCAUGCGGGCGUGUGAAAAUCUCGAGGUCCUCGUAUACGAAACAACGGUGCCUUGGGAUGCCCGAAGGAGGGUGAGCUGCCAGUUCCCAGCCCCGGCGCUACUUCCCUGUCUAGAGCCUCAACGGCAGAAUCUCAAGUCGCUGCGCGUCGACCUGGAUGUGGCCAACCCCAUAGCUAUUGAGAAAUGGCAUCGUUGCCCGCAGUACGGAAGUUUCCAAGCAUUCGAGAACCUCAAGCACCUGGAGGUGGAGCAAGGCAUACUACAUGAUUUCGGCAAUUUGCCACCAAAUAUCGAGACUGUCACAGUUCUCGCUUGCGAUUAUCCAGUCUAUGACAUGAUGGCUGAAUUGGCCGAGUACUGCAAAAAUGACCUUUCACGUCUAGAACUUGUUUCACUGAGGCCCAAAUUCCCUCCUGCGAGCGGCUUGCUCGGUAUCCCUGGCGCGUACGCCUUCAACGAUCUUGAGGAUGAUGAUUGGUUUCGAGAGCAGUAUAGAGUCGGUUGCGCAAUUUUGGAUACCAUUGUCAAUGAUGUCGAUUUUGAGCUCGAGGUCGAGUGCGAUGGGUGGGAAAUGUAUCAACACGGAGAACUUUGA